AUGUCUUUCCUCGCUCGCCUCACCCUCGUGGUGCUCUGGGCCUUGGCUGUGUGUGCACAGGAGACUGUGACUGUGACAGAGACAUCUACAGUCACUGACACCGUCACCAGCUGUCCUUCAGCUGGCUUGAGAUUCUAUCCUCGUGCUGAGGCUACAGUGACUGAGUGUGCCCUCUCCUGCUACACUACCGUCUCUCAGUGUACUUCUACCCAGUACCUUGGCACUUCUUCUGGUAUUGAGCUUCCGACUGGUUCUUCGGUUAUCCUGUCUGAGUCUGAGACUCCCACCAACGUCAUCUCCCUCCCUACUGUUUCUAUCCCUUCUACCAGCAUCUUCGCCAACACUUCUGCUUCCUACACCUCUAUCCCCGAGAUUUCCAGUGUCGUCUCCCAGCCGGAUGUGUCCAUCGGCUCAAGUGCUCUUGCUGGAGGGACUUCAUCUGAGCUAGAGUCUACAGUAUAUGGAUACUCUACCAGCACUGCCACUCUGGAGGUGACUUCCGAGAUCGUUAGCAACCUGGAGACUAUGCCUACCUUUGUCCCGAGUGUCGACUCUUCUGCUCUUGCACCUGGUACUACCCAGUUCCCACAAGGUGGAGAGUCUACAACACUCUCUGAAGGCACAACUGAACAGAUUUCUGAGUCUACUCCCUCCGAAACAGGGUCGGUUUCAACUGAGGGCUUGGGCACCGAGACUUACGUCUCUCAGCAAGGCAGCUCUACCCUCUCUGAAGACACUGGCGCUUCUACGGUCCCUGAAGGAGUCUCCACGACCACACUCAAGUCGGUUAUCACAAAUCAGGUCACACUCUCGGAGAGCAAAUCAACUGUUUACACUGCCUCCGCUGAGGUCUCAAAAUCUGAGGAGGCCACUGAGGUCAUCGAGACAUCCUCUCAAGCAGGUAGUGCUAGCACCGAGACUGGUCAGGGUCCUGCUUCCACCACGGACGUCAGCUCUGAGGCUGCUAGUAUUCCUACUGCUGAGUCCACAGCCGCUGGAGCGUCUACCCUCACAACUGAAGUAGAUAUUUCUACCACUACACCAUGCACAUCAACCAAGCACACUCACAUCUAUGACAACACCACUAUCAUCCACAGCACAGCCGAUGCCAGCGUUGACUCUUCGGCCUUGGCUGGAUCCUUCACUUCGGCUUCUUCCCUCGCAUCUGAGUAUACCUCUGUCACCUCCGAUGUGACUGAACAGACUACAGCUCCUGGCGCUGAGACAUCAGAGGGCCAGGCUGGAGUGUCCACUUCCGAAUAUCUUGAGAGCACGAGUGAGACUGCCGUUAUAGUCCAGACUACUCUUCCUACUGAGUUCAUCCCCAUCGAAUCCACCGCUACUCAAACAGACUCUGAGAUCGCCACUCCCUCUCAACCCAUCGAAACACCAGUGCCUUCUGCAGAGCCAACUGGUCCUCAAGGCUAUGACUUCGGACCCAGCUCCAACGACGGUUGGCCCUCUGCUUCUUUCGCCUCCACCGCUGAUGCAGCAACUGGUUUCACCACUCUCCUUACCACAAGCAAGGUCACCGAGGAGUCUUCCACUACCACUGGAGUCAAGGAACCCAAGUAUGAACCACCUGCUUACGAGCCUCCCUCGUACCGUGAGCCAGGAUCUGUCCGUAAGCGAUGGGGUUUCUAA